CGCGCACCCCGGAGAUCUUUGCGUGACCGCGCAGCCAAGGGGGAAAAGAAAGAAAAGGAAAACCAACCAGAAGAAAAGCUCGGGAGGAGAGCGUGGGGGGACUAGGGAGCAUGGCGGAGCACAAGGAGGAGCCGGUGGCGGAGUCCAUGAUGGACAAGAUCUCCGACAAGUUCCACGGUGGGGACUCGUCGUCGUCGUCCUCGGACUCGGACGACGAGAAGAAGGGGUCGGCGGCGGGCGUCAAGGCCAAGAUCUACCGCCUCUUCGGCCGCGAGAAGCCCGUCCACGCCGUCCUCGGCGGCGGCAAGCCUGCUGAUCUUGUUCUAUGGAGGAACAAGAAGGUCUCCGGAGGGGUGCUUGCUGGCGCUACUGCCAUCUGGCUGCUGUUCGAGGUCAUGGAGUACCAUCUGCUCACCUUGGUGGGCCACUGCCUCAUCCUCUCCCUGGCAACCCUCUUCCUCUAUUCCAAUGUCUGCAUUUUCAUCCACAAGUCUCCCCCGAACAUCCCUGAGGUGAAAAUCCCGGAGGACAUGACUGUAAACAUUGCACUAUCACUGCGGCAUGAGAUCAACCGGGGCUUCUUUACCUUGAGAGAGACUGGUCAUGGUCGUGAUCUGAAGAAAUUCCUCAUUGUGAUUGGAGGGCUCUGGCUUCUUUCUGUUCUUGGGAGCUACUGCAACUUUUUGACACUGUCAUAUAUAGUCUUUGUGGUGCUGUACACUGUGCCAGUUCUGUAUGAGAAGUACGAUGACAAGGUGGAUGCUUUUGGUGAGAAGGCCAUGAUCGAAUUGAAGAAGUAUUAUGCCAUCUUUGAAGAGAAGGUCCUGUCGAAGAUCCCGAAGAACAAGAAGCACUAGAUCACAAGAGUUACCCUGCCGCGUAUUGCCAUCUGUGUUAAUCUCAACUUGUUGCCUCAUUUUGAAGGAUGGUUCUGUGUCAUUGCGUCUGUCUUUAGUUAAUACUACUUGAUACUAGUACAUAUAGAUGUGGUGUGCUGAUCCUUUUGUGAAGUGGAGUCAUGCCAGCUGAAGAUUGUUGAUCUUCUUUUUUUUGUUUAUUUUUCAACUUUCAGCAUGGUUACUCUAUCUGGGAGCCGGAAAUGUUAUGGCAUUACCUGUUCUAGUGCCUAGUGAUAUACUACUGCGUAGUGAUUUAUCCA